AUGCUGAAUGACAUCGAGGGCGAUGGCCAGGAGAUCAGAAAGACCUUUAACCAAAUAAGAAUGGAGAUGGAGCGCAAAAAUAUUGUUAGCUCUCUGCAAUCCCAACCACCGCAAAUCCACAAGAGAGCAGGUGUGUCGGACAUGGAGUCGACCCGGAGUGGAGGCUACUCGAGUUCUCACAUGAAUGGCAGUGAGACGCCUGGUUAUGCACAGCACCGAACUCCAAGCGGACCUGUUGGUUCGGGCGAGGACGCCUCGACUCACCAAACCAUCAAUCAAGGCGGUAACAAGGAGGGCAGAGGAAAUGCUCCAGCUGGACUGGCUCAAAUUAGACAAACUCUUGCUCUCCCUGAUCUUCAACUCAGUCACGUGACUGUCUUCACAGAUCGUGCCGAGCUAGUAAGGACAAUCACUCCGGUCUUCAAGGCGGGCGAGAUUGUUGAGAUGCUCUUCGAAAAUGUCUCUACGGCUAUUGAUAAGGACUCAAUUAGGUAG